GCAAGCGCAGGAUGUGACGUCAUAUAGGCGGCUCUUCCAGGGGAUGUGAACCAUAGAGAUGAAGCCAAAAAAGGCGGAUGUUUCAAGUCGUCUGAAAAGCUUGCAAGUUCGGAGAUGUGAACUCACCACUGAGUCCCAGCUACGGAGCUGCCCAAAAGGAUGUGAUGUCAGAAUGGAGGCUUUGCUAGAAAGAAUGCAAAGACAAGGACAAGGCAGUGGUUUCCUGACUUCGUGUGAGGCUGAACUACAAGAGUUGAUGAAGCAAAUAGACGUUAUGGUGGCUCAUAAGAAAACUGAAUGGGAAAGCCAGACGCAGGCACUGGAGUCCUGCUUGGAUCUCCGAGAGCAGGAGCUCUCCUCUCUUCGGAAUGUGUUGGAUGCAAAGCACAAAGAGAUGGAGAGAUUGUGCCUAAAGCUGGAGGAGAUGGAACACAUCAAUCAGACUAUGCGUAUGGAAUAUGAACAACAGUUAAAGAAAGUUCAGGAUGAGCUCCUCAGAUUGAAGAGAAGUUAUGAGAAACUGCAGAAGAAACAGCUGAAAGAAGCUAGACAAACUUCCAGAUGUCUUGGGGAGGACGUUGAGAAGUCUGAAGUAGGCAUCCUGACCAAGAAACUAGAGGAGUUCCGCCAAAAAUCUCUCGAUUGGGAGAAACAGCGUUUGCAUUACCAGCAGCAUGUGGCAUCGCUGGAAACGCAGAGGAAGGCUUUGGCUGAGCAGUCUGAGCACAUUCAGUCUCAGCUCUGCAGUCGAAAACAAAUGUUUGAAUCCGUAGAGCUCUCAAGCCAGUCUGAAAUCCAACAUUUGAUGAGCAAACUGGAAAGAGCCAAUGACACUAUUUGUGCUAAUGAAUUGGAAAUAGAGAGAUUGAGUAUGAGAGUGGAUGAUUUGAAUGACAUCAACCAAAAGAUACUGGAAGAACAACAAAGACUUCAAGAUGAGCUGAGACUUUCCAAGGACUCAUUGGAGGUUUUACAUGAGGAGAAGAUGGAACUCAGGGCCACACUGCUCUCUCAGGAGGACUUUGUCAACAGCUUAAAGGUUCAACAUGUACAGCUACAGCAAGAGGUAUCCAGCCUGACUGAAACCUUGUGCAACAAAGAAGCUGUCAUCAGCCAAGAACCAGCAAGUGCAAAGUGUAUCCAACUGAAUGAAGAGCUGAAUGAGAAGUUCCUUGAGCUGCAGUUGACAGAAAAGCACCUUUCUCAGGCCAAGGCUGAGAUUAAAAGGUUGAAGGAGCAGUUGUCCCGCGUGGAGCAAAGUCACACUGGUGAAUUGGAAGGAAUGAAGCAGGAGGUCUCCCAGCUAACACGGGAGCUACACCACCGCGACAUCGCAAUUGCCUCGGUUAAUGAUUCUUCCUUGAACUUGGAUCAGCAGCUAAGACUGGAGAUUGAUAAAGCAGAGCGAAAGGCAGCGGAACACAUGGCUGUCCUGUCUCAGUUGGAAUCUCUCAGACAAGAAAAUCACCAUCUCUCAGAAACGCUGCAGAAGGUGAAAAGCACAUCUGUGGCAGAACUCCAGGACAGUUAUGCCAAGGCCCUAAAUAAAAUGGAGGCUGAGAACAAGCAGUUGCAGAAACAACUAGCAGAAACUCAAGCCAAACUGGAAGUUUCCUCUCAGGUCUCCCGGGGCAAAUAUGAAAAUAUUUUGCAUCAUUUGCAGCAACAAGUGACUGAGAUCAAGAAUACAGAGGCCAGGAGAGUGGAGGAGCUGCAGUGCAAGCAUGAAGAGGAAAUGAGAGCCCUUCAGGUUAAGUUUGACACAACUGUUCAACUCUAUGAAGAAGAAAUCCAGAAAGCAGAGCGGAAAACCUUCAGAAUGUUACCCCCUCACAUCAGUAGGGAUGCCUCAACUGAAGCCCUGUCUUGUGACCUUCACCUGGGGUCAGAUUCAUUGAAGCUUGGGAACAAGAAACGUGUUGAUGAUGUGCCAGAACAGUGUAACAUGAGUCAUGAAAGGGAAUGUUUGUCUUUGAGCCCCCUACCUACUGCAAACAUUGGUGUGAUCGCUACUAAGUUCCUGGAAGAAGAGGAAAUACGGUCUCAGCAUAUCUUGGAAUGCUUAGAUGUGCAUAUUGAAGAGUUAAAAAGGGAGAGUGAAAAGACAGUGCAACAGUACACACACCAGCAGUGACAUUGCUUCGAGGGGAACAGACUGGUGAGAGCCAGCUUAAUUUGAGACACAUCCAGCAGUGGGUAGAAGUGCCUGUGGUCCAUGCAGCUGUUAUUGGGCUGUUCAGCAGCGGUAAAACCAAGAAAGUGAGUUUUAUCUGAAGCAAUAUAUGGCUUUCCAGGGGAGGAAGUUGCAUAGCAGACUCGAGGGAAAUAAUUUAAAAUAGUUUUAUGUACAUAAGUGAAGAAAUAUUAGUGUAUUUCUCAUUUUACCUUUUUAUAUAAAUAAAGACCAUCACAAUGGC